AUGGCACCAGUUGAGGUUUAUAGCGUGAGAAAAGGUAAAGGUUCCUGGGAGUUGAUAUCUCAAAGAAUUCCAUCACACCUGCAAUGCAUUAGAGAUCAAGAUUUAGUUUGUGUAGAUGGGCAUGAAGGCCAUCUUCAUUGGCUUUGUUUUACUUAUAUUGGUGGGAAGUUGACACAAUUGAUAUUGGCAUUUGAUUUGGGUUCAGAGACAUUCAAGGAGAUACCUUUUCCAGAUUCUUUAAGAACAUGUUGCUUUGGAGACCGGUUGAAUGUGGUGGGAGUUUUGGGUGGAAAGGUUUGUGUGAUGUCAAGGGUAAGAGAUACUGAUUGUGAGGUGUGGGUGAUGGAUGAGUAUUCAUGGGUCAAACGUCAUGUGUUUUCCGGGUUUAGUGGUGGUGAUCAAAUAUUUCCAUGUGGAUUUACAUCAAGCAAUCAGUUUCUUUUUAGAUUUACGAAUGUACUUUAUCGUUAUGGUUUGUAUGAUCCAGUUAUAGCCAAGACUAAAAACUUCAAGAUUCCUGGAAGAUCUGUUGGAUGUAAAGUUGUUGAGUAUGUUGAUAGUCUUGUUUGGAUAAAUCGAAUAAUUGAAGUGAAGAGGUAUCAGUGA